UGGAUUUGUCGCUGUUCCGUGACGAGUCGCAGCUGAAGAAGAAGGCAGCGCGGAAAGCGGCGGCUGCGGCUGCAGCUGCUGCAGAAACGCCCAAGAAGAAGCGGGGAGCAGCUGCUGCUGCGCAGAAACCAGCGCGCACCUCGCAGCGACGCGGCCGCGGACGCCCUGCCAAGGUGGUCGUCGCCCAAGAGGAGGAAAGUGAGGAGGACGAGUCGGAGGAGGAGGAGGAGGAGAAUAACAGCCACCCCAACGACAAGCAAAAAGAAAGAGGUGGCAACGCCAGCAACCACGGGCCGGGGCGUAAGGCGCGUGGGGCGGUAGCAGCCGCCGCCCCCACACCAACGACCUCCAAGCGUGCGACACCCAAACCGCCCCCAGCGGCUGCUGCCGCCGCCAAGAAGAAACCCGCAGAAGAAACCACUGCCAAAGGGGCAGCAGCCGCCACCGGAAAGCGGAAAAGGUCCGUUGAGAGUGCGCCACCCCCAGUGCAGGCGGCUGCGGGGGCAGCGAAACGCGCGCGGAAGGCAGAGGCGGCGUCACCAGACGCCACCGCGUCUCCAGCGGCGGCUAGUAGUAGCGACGAGAAGGCGUCCAAAACGAGAAGUACGGUGGCGGCACCGGCUAACGGCAGUACGGUGACACCAGUGGCGACGGCGGCUACAGACAGUACAACGACCGCUGCCAACGAUACGUCACCCACCAAGGACAGGGAGCGCAGGGCUGCCGCCGCUAAAACGCGCAAGAAGUAGACUAUAUAUUUUGCCAAGUGAAUUCUAUACUUGUGUAGUGUGUGUACAUAUACAGUAAUAUUAUAAGACAGUAUGGGUAUGCAAAGCAGCAUAUACAUUAAUGUUAUGAGACAUUUUUGGUAUGCAAUACAGCAUACGUUUACAGUAAUCUUGUGAGAGUGUGGGUAUGCAGUACAGUAAGAGAGGCAGUGUUGUGGCUAUGUUAUGCAAUGAGCAUGGGAGACAGUGUGGGUAUACACAGUAAUGUUAUCAGACAGUAAUUGGGUAUGAAAUACAGCAGCAAGGAUUAUAUGGUUAAAGUGAGGGACAUUUUGGACACUGAUGCAGUGGUCUAUGUAGCCAAUUGAGUAGUUUUACAAGUUGAAAUGUUGCCCUCCCUUGUGUACCUUGUCAAGGCCAGUUUGUAUUACCACUUGUUGCCAUACAUCUGUUCUGUCAGCUGGAAGUUGUGCAACUUGUUGCAAUGCAAACAGGUGGGGUGCACUAGAUUUUUGAUAAGGUUUCUGGAGUAUUUUUGUUGUCGUUCUGUGAGUGAGCUGUUGAAUUGUUUUAAUGGGUAUAAAUCGAUUAUAAAGCGUUUAAUUUAUUGUUCAGGAAACAGUAGUUUUGGAAACAUUGAAGCUUAUUGUUUAGUUGAUUUCUAUUCACAAUAGAAGAAUGUAUGUAUUGUAUAUGAAUUUGUUUAUUAUCAUGGAAAAACAAGAAAAAAUAUGUUAUAUGCAGAAGCAUAAAAAAUACAUGCAAAUAUAUUAUAUUGGGGGAAAUGACUAUGAAUUGAAUUGACACUAACAAAGCGAGGUUAAAAACCUUAUUUACUGAAGGGAGAAGGUCCAUUCUAAGUUCAAGAUUAGAACAAGAUAAAGUUCAAGAUAAUAAUCUUAAUUUAAAACGGCAUUUUAAGGUGUGUCCUUUGUAUUGAAUGAAAAAGACUAAGAACUUGUCAAAAAACCACUGAUUUAUUGAUAAUUAGAAAGACCGGUUUCGGUUAUUACACCAUUGUCAAUCUCUGAUAAACUGUUUAUCAGAGAUUGACAAUGGUGUAAUAACCGAAACCGGUCUUUCUAAUUAUCAAUAAAUCAGUGGUUUUUUGACAAUUUCUUAGUCUUUUUCAUUCAAUAUGAAUAAUUACCACAAUAUCAACUUCUCAACUACACAAAAAAUGUGUCCUUUGUCCUUCAAACUCGAAGAUUCGAAGAUAUUAUCGCGUUAUUAGUUGAUUAAGUUAUUCAGUAUUUGUAUUGAGGCAAUGAAUUUGUUUAUUAAUAGGAUUUCUUUCCACUAAAAAAGGGGGAAUUUCUUCCGUAAUAGAUAGGUUAUGUAAAAGAAUUUGAAAAGCGUUAUGAAAUAUGUUAAUAACGACAAUAUGAACUACUUGGAAAGCACUAUCAAAAAUCAAGUGUACAGACAGUGUCUUAUUGUCAUCUUUCCCCUCCCCCCACUCCUCGUCGGCCAUCUGUUAUUGCCCCCACUACUCUAUCAUCAACCCCUUCCCUCUCCCCCCGUUUCCAGUACAGCGCCAAUCUAAAAAGUCUAUCAAAGAGCGCGGGACGCCAUUUUAUUUUAAUUAGGGGUCUGUUUUGUGAGAUUUAUUUUCUUGGAUCAAACUAAGGGUCAUAUUAUCCCGUUCAAAUUUAGUUGAAUCUAUCUUUGAAUUACGAUGGAAUAAUAUUUUAUUAAGAUAUAAGAAUGCAAUUGUUAUUUGAAUUUCUAAUUAAUAACUUAUUCUUUUUAUCACAGUGAGUAAACCAAGAUAAUAGCUUUCUUAAGACAGGCCUCAAAGUUCUUCCAUUUGAUGUUAUCUUUCUUCUAUUGUUUGAAUUCAUUGGUAUUGCUUAUGGUGUUCUUUCAUCUUCCUUUAAGGUUUGAAUUCGUGAAGUAGAAAAGAUGAGUGUUUUGCUGUUGGGAAAAUGAAAUUGUAAAGUAGUAACUGUGGUAGUUAUUGAAUACUUCAACAAUAAUAUUCUCAAUGUGAUUUGGAUUCUAUACAGUGUUACUGUAUGUUAUAGUAUUUUUGGAUUGAAUACGAAGCAGUGAAAUUCAUUACGAUACAUAGAAUACAGUUGAAAGAAAAAUAGUUUCAGCUCAAUCCUUUAUAAAGUUGGGUUGAACAUUUGAUUGUGAACUGUAUUAAAAACAAAUUUCUGUAUUGGACGAAUAUAAUUGAAAAAUGGUAAAAGGCUUCCAUAUUUUAGUUAAUCGACACAACCUACUGGGCAAAUUCAAGCCUUAUUAUGAAGUUGGGUUGAACAAUUUGAUAGUGAACUGUAUUGGAAACAAUUUCUAUAUUGGACGAAUGUAAUUGAAAAAUGGAAAAAGUCUUCCAUAUUUUAGUUAAUCGGCACAAACCUACUGGGCGAAUUCAAACCUUAUUUUGAAAAAAUAUAUAUUAAUGUUAAUGUAGUAAAAACAAUAGUUAUUAAACCAAUACGAGAGAUCUUAUUUAAAAUGCAUAAUUGAUUCGAAAGUGCAAGACAGUGCAAUAAAUUUAUAGUUUUAAAAAGUUUCAGGGAAAAUUUACAGCUUCCAAUCAUGUAUGCAAAGUUUAUUCGGUUCUCAUUAUCAAAUUCUCCCGCGUUCGAUCAAAUAUUUCGACCAAUAUGCUGUAAGCUGGAAAUCAAUCGACCAAUCACAGAUCGUUUGUGUCUUCUCUUCUGCUUUGUUAUUGGUCAACAAUUACAAGUACUCCUGUUUGUAGCCCAACUACAAUCUGGGGCACCGUAGUUGUUGUGAAUGAAUCUAAAGUAUAGACGUGUAGGAUAAAAUAGAGAAGCAUAAAUUUAGUGAAGCAAGCUGUUGAUAUUUUGUUUGUUUUCUCAUAACUGGACAACCAAUAAUAGUAAGUAACAAACUGGUUUUAACUUUAUGUACUGUAUGGUACAUAGAUCUGUUCAAAUUUUCUAACUGUAAUAACUCUUGCGAUCUUGGUGUGUUCAGAUUUGUGUAAAAUAUUCGCAGUUGCAGUGAAAACGUUCUUGAAUAUUCUAGAAUCAUUACCUACCUUCAUUAGUCAGCUAGUUGAGUGAUAUUCUCAAUCAUGAAACCCAUUAUGAACAUUUUAUUGAUGCCAUGAAACGAAUGUAAUCGAUGUUAAGCAUAUGUAUGUUUUUGUUGAAGAUAAUUUCGAUUCGGAGAUAUGAUAUAUAUUAUAAAAAUUUGAUUAUUUUAUUAUUAUGAUUUAUUAAUAUUACGAGAGAAACACAUAUAGUAUGAUUAUAAUUAUUAGUUUUAGUAUUUUUUUUUAUUUGCUAGAGUACAUAUUAAUAGUAAGAGUAUUCUAUCUAAUUUUAGUAAAAUGUUUAUUUCUAGAAAUGAGUUACAGCAUUGUAUGCUCCAAAUUUCCGAGACUUUGUUUUUUAUUAUAUUAUAUUGCAAUUGUAAAUCUCUUUGAUUAGAACCUUAAUUAUUAUUGAAAUCAUUGUAAUUAUGAGUCUUCAUUCGUGUGCUUUGAUUAUUGUAAAAUUGCUGUUCUAUUGGAAAUGCUUAUUUGAUAUUAUACGUUUCAAUUGAGAAGAAUGUUCUUGUUAUAUCCUAACAAAAGCUCCAUGUGAAUUGAACUUGAACAUAAUAGAAUAUUUGCAAACUUGGCAAUUUAGUUUUUCUAUUCUUAAUUUUAUUGAAAUAUUGGUGGUUAUGAAUUCACAAAAUCGAAAUUUUAUUCCAUUGGAACAUAUUUUUUUAUUUGAUUUUUACUAUUUUGAACCUAAUGUUAGUAAACGAUUGUGUUUUUUCUUUAAGCAUUUGAAAUUAUCAUAUUAAUUGUUUGUUAAUCAAUAAACAAACAAUAGCUGGAGAGAAACAACAUAAUUUAAGACCAAACUUGUUUUUAUAACAUAUAAUUCGGUAUAUAUUUAACAAAUUAAAUACUUUACUUCCUUGUAUGACUCAACAGAAACUGGUGUUUUGAAAAUAGUUCAAUUCAAUUUAAGAUAAAUCUAUUUUAUUCAGUGAAAUGGCAUUUCAUCAAAUUGUGUCCUAGUACUGUAAAAUGAUUGUGAAUAUUAUACAAUAUUUAAAGUUAGAUCAUACUUAAGAAUCUUACAUAGACAGGACUGUAGUAAAUGUCUCUUUUAUUAUAAAAGUUGGAUAGUAAGAUUUUUUAUAAUUAUUUUAAACUGGCAAUGUUGAUAAAAAAAAAUUAUAAAUCAUUGGCAUCUCAUAAUAAAAAUCUUUCAAGGUUUUUCAAUGAAAAACAUUGAAUAGACUCGUAUCUAGGUCUUCAAAUGAUGUAAAUUAAUUCAUUUCUCCUCGAGUACACUGGAUGAUAAAAAUAAAUAAAUAAUGAAUAAAUGAUGGUCAAUAAAUCUGUGGAAACCAACGCAAGAAAAUAUAGUUGAUGUAUAUUGAACAAAUAAAAAUAAAUUAAAUUAUUAUUUCAACAAUAAGUUAAUAUCUGUAGUGCUUAACCAGUGUUAAUUCUUCGGUUCAAUCUUAAACUUAACAGCUACUUUAUAAUUGUAGCUAUUAUAAAUUUUUAAACAUUAAAAAUUUCCUAUAAAAAAUUAGUUGACGAAUUUAAAUAUGUUUUUUAACAAGAUUGAAAUGAAUAUGGUAUGAAAGGUAGUGUGCAUUUAUGAUUCGUUUCUGAAUUUUUGAAGUAACAAAGUAUUCCUUUGUAAAAAAAUCCCAGAAAAUUCUUAUAUUUCUAUAAGUGGCUGGGUUAUAUAAAAUCCAUGCUCCAAAUAAUAAAAUUAAUAUUUUGUUUCUGGAUUCAAUCUUCAUAAUUUCAAUAAUUGAAACGCCCAAUAUAAUUUGAAAUUGGUUUCAUACGUUUUUUAUUUGAUAAGUGAAAGUUGUCAACCUUUUUAAAAUUACAAUAAAACAGUGUAAUUUAUCAUAGUAUAGUGUAGUUUGAAUAUUUUAUCUGACAUAUCUCGUUUUAAUUAUCUAUCUACUGAACUCAGCUCUUCCAAUUGGCAUAACUUUUAGUCACUGUGUACAAUAAAAAUCUUAGUCUGUAGUAUUUGGUCACUUCCCAGCUAUUAUUGUUUUGAGUGAAGCUUUGAUCAUUUUAGCAUGAAUUCUGUUUAUUUGAGUAUUCUGUUGACUAUUGUUUCAAGUUGAUAGAAGUUAGAAUGAAUGAAGAAUUGUAUCAUCUUUUUUAAACUAAGAUCCAAUAUCGUGUGUUUAAUUGUAGCUCGAAUUUGGAUGAGAAACUAUCACAUCUAUAAUUUAAUGUCAUGUAUUGUGUAUUUUUGAAUAAAUCUAAUGAAAGUAUAUAAAUAUUUAUAUAUAUAUAGAAAGAUUAUAAAAAUAUUAUUAUUAUCAGCAUCAACAUUGAUUGAAUCAAGUUCAAGAUUGAUUGUAGUACAAAGGGUGCAAUUAAAUUUGACUCUAAUUGUGAUUUUAAUCAAAUUUCAAAUCCUUGUCUUACUCCCUCAUGAUACAAUCAUAAUACCAUUAUUGUUGAUUAUGAUACAAUCAUUGCGAUCAAUAUGUUAUUACAAUCUUGGCGGUGUUGUAUUUACGUUUUCCUUGUAAAAUUUACCUGAUGAAAUAAUCUGAAACCAAUAAAUUUAUACAUUCUUAUGCCUCUGUUGAUUGAGAUCUUUGCUUGGUAACACCAGGCCGAAUAUUUAUGUCUGGAAAUAUGUUUGACAUUGAAUUGUAUGUGUUUAUAUUUAUAGAUGUGCACCGCACAUAAUUUAUGUGAAAGUUCAUGCACUAAGAUGGCAAUAAACGAUUCAGAUAUUUUAA